AUGGCUAAUCUAUCUAAUGAUCAAAUCUCCAUAUUACAUCAUUGGAAUAAUAGUAUACGAUCAGCUCAUUUUAUCCAUCAUGAAACAAAGAUUCCAUUAUCAACUGUUAAAUAUAACAUUAAAAAACUGAAAGAAACGAAAUCUCUUGAACAUCGAGGUGGUAAUGGCCGUCCAUGUGUAAUUAACAAUGCAGACAGUAGAGCUAUUGCUCAAUAUAUUCGUCGAGAUAAUGAAACAACAUUAAAAGAAAUUCAAGAAAAACUGUCAGAAACACAUCAAAGAUCAGUAUCCUUAUCAACGAUCAGUCGUUAUCUACAUAAUCAUGGUUAUCGAAGUGUUUUACCUGUCAAUACACCUAUGCUAACGGUCGAACAGAAACAACGUCGUGUUCAAUGGGCAAAAAAGCAUCAAGCUGACGAUUGGACUUGUACAAUAUUUACAGACGAAUCCUCCUUUCAAUUAUUUAGAAAUACGAUUCGACGAUGGUCAAAAAAUCCUGAAAUUGAAGUUAAACGAAUUCCGAAAAAUCGUCAAAAGGUUCACAUAUGGGGAGCAAUCAGCAUCAAAGGUGUUAUUGGUUAUCAUACGUUUAGGAUAAAUCUCAAUGGUAUUUAUUUCGUCGAUAUUCUUAAACAUCAUCUAUUACCAGGUGCUAAAAUGAAAUUUAAACGGUGCUGGCGUCUUCAGCAGGAUAAUGAUCCUAAACAUACGAGUGGUGUUGCAAAAGAAUUCAUCAAGAACAAUGUUCCUGAAUUACUUGAAUGGCCUGCAAACUCACCGGACUUAAACCCGAUUGAAAAUUAUUGGAACGUAAUCAAACGACGUGUUGAAAAAAGAAAACCUACAAAUAUUAAUGAUAUGGAACAGUUUAUGAACGAAGAAAUCGAAAAAACGGACCCUAAUUUUCUAAUUAAUUUUAUAAAUUCUAUGAAAGAUAGAUGUUUGUCUGUUAUUUCUUCUAAUGGUGAAAGAAUAAAAUUUUGA